AUGAAACUGCUCAAUUUUGACUACAUGUACUUUUUAUUGCCGUUCUUGAUAUGUAUAUGUAUUUACGGUCAUAGCGAAGGAAAACUGUUAUCUGGAGCCAAUGGUGGGGAAGAGUUGGCGAGCCUUUAUCAAACCGCUGGUAUUGACUGUGAAUUAGUCCGUUUAGGAGUAAUGAUGGAAUUUUCAUCAAAUACACAUCUAUUGGAAGGAGGCGUAAUACCGGUGAAUUCACCUCUACAAUCUGGCAGCAGCGAACCUUCAAAUCGUAAUUAUUUACAAUAAGCUAACGCGCAUCAAACAAAAAAUAUUGGUAUGUGUGAAGAAUUAUCAUCGGAUGGUGUUUUAGUAAGUGACAAAAAUAAUGUAUCAAUGAAUAUUGAUAAAUUAAUAUCUCCGAAUCGGCGUUGUAGAAGACGUGCUGAUCUACCUCCUGAUGUAUUGGCCAAGGUACGUGAAAGGGAUAAGGAGAGGAAACGACUGACCAGAGUGAGGAAGCAGAUGAACGCAAUAAAUGGCGAUUGCUCACAAUUGCUACACCCAAAUGAGAAUGCGUACAAUCAGUCAUUCAGUAACAAGCAGUCAAAGACGUCCACCAAUGAUAACAGUAAUGAAUGGAGUAUGAAAACGUUGGCGAUGAAUGUAAGUAACGGCAGUAAUCGCUCUGAAAAUGGAUAUGAAGUAGAGGAUGAUAGAAAAGCGAAUUCAUUGAGCGUUCAAGAAUACCUUAUCAAACAGACACUGACAGCUGAACAAACGAAGGAUGUUGAUCAGAAGAAUAAUCAGAAUUCAAAUCUCAGUGGUAGUAUUUAUAACGAUAAUAUCUAUUAUUAUUAUAAUGAUCCUAAUGUCAGUUUGCCAUCCUUACCAGCGCAGCCCAGCAACGCAGUUUACAACGACCUUGCUACAGCACCAAACGGAUGUGGUGGAGAUUCAAAUAAUGCUCCGUUGAUUUUAACAAAAAUAUCUGGUUUCGAGGUUAUCAAUGUUGCUGCUGAUUAUAAUAAUGACGAUCUUUCACGUAUUUUAAAUGGUAAUUUAAACGAUGAACUAAAAUUGCAAUCGAACAACAGUGAAGUUAACGGAAGUGAACGCAUGAAUUUGUUUGGACAUGGAAGCGAUGCGAAUGAGCAGCUGAAAGAUAAGGUAGCGAAUGAUGCAACAAAGGCGGAUAAUAGCAAAGGCGAACUGAUGACCGAUAAAAGCAAUGAAGAGCAGUCAGUGAAGAAAGCACGAAGACGCGCACCGCGAUCCAGAAGUGUUUUACCGCCGGACAAGCUGGCAUUCAUCCGUGCGAUUGACGCAGAACGUAAACGAAUCGCAAGAACACGUUCGAGGUUACUGAAGAUGAAAAAUCGUAUGACGGCUGAUAAUAAAAGUGAUGCAGAAGCAAAGAAAAGUCGAUUGUUGAAGCAACGAAAACAUGCGAUCAGUAUCGAGGAUGCUACCAGAUAUGGAUGGCCGCAACUGAAUGAUGAGCGUAAAGAACGGAUGAUAUUGCAGAGGAGAUUUGAAAAGUAUCGAAUUAUUAUCGAGAAAAUGAUUGAAAAUGAAAAGGAAAUGUGCGGUGGUGAGGUGCCGUUGGAAAUCUUGAGAGCGAUGGUUGUUGAACAAGCGAAAUUCUUUUCGUUCUUAACACAACGUAACGAUUCACGUUGUGGUCGUUUCUGUUCGAUGCAGCCGUCGAGCGAUAAUAUCACGACAACGACAGCAACAGCACCAGACCAACAGUCAUCUGAGCCGAUCAGCUGA